GCAGGUGGCGAUGUGUUCCUUAUUUUAUUUAUUUAUUUUAACACUGUCUAUAUUUACACAAACGAUUAAAAAUGUUCUGUACACUAAUAUUAGUCGCUUGAAUCAUUCGCAUGAACGCUAUGGCUGUAUAAAAGUUACAUUAAAUUAAAUCAAAUUGUCAAUAAAUCAAAAGGAGACAUUUUUCCCGCCUCCUGCUCUAGAGUUGGCUAAUGCAUCACACGCGCCUUUUUUGAUUGGAAGUUCGUCCUCUCACUAUAACAACAGUAGAACAAGGCGGAAGCGUCCGUAAUGUAACUAGGCUCACACAAAUUGCGUCAUAUCUGUGCGCCGACCUGUCACGGUGCACUGACAUUUACCGGGCUAAAGUGUCAGCUGUUGGUAGAUAAUAAUGCGCUGUUUAUUAAAUUAUUAGAGCAUGUGAUCGCGUGUUUUGUAUUAGAUGUGGAAUAACGUCGGAAGGCUCUCGACCAUGACAUGGUUGAAACUCUCCAUUCCUGGAUCCUUAAGGUCAGGUUUCCAUGGCGUCCAGAGGACAAGAAACCCCCAGGUGAGAUGCAUCUCCCAGGUCGUGUUCAGAACAGACUCAACACCCCGAACUGCUCCCUCUCUCAGCUCCAGAAGCGUCACGCUCAUGCCAGCUUUGUACCUGCACUGUGUGCGGCGCGUGAGCACGACCGGUUCCGGAUGGUAUGAGAGUGUGGCGGAUUCUGCUCCUGUCCACUUCACCGAGCAGCUCCUGAUCUCCAGCCAGCAGACAACGAUGCUGCCGUGGUGGGCGGGGAUCAUCUGCACUACGCUGGCACUGCGCACUGUCGUCACUCUGCCGCUCGCCGUCUACCAGGCUGCUAUCAUCGCAAAGAUCGAAGCCUUGCAGAAGGAAAUAGCAGAGUUAGCACAACGGUUACGCUACGAGAUCUCCAUCAGGGCCAAGGAGAAGGGCUGGUCUGAGAAAACGUGCAGGUACCAUUUUAAGAAGAAUCUGCGGCAGAUCGUGUCUGAGCUGUACGUGAGGGACAACUGCCACCCGUUCAAGGCCAGUUUGCUCGUCUGGGUGCAGUUGCCCAUGUGGGUGUGCGUCUCUCUCGCCCUGCGUAACAUCAGCGUGGGUUUGGAACACAUUCCGUCUGGAUUGCAGCAUGAGCUGGCAGCAGGUGGCACUCUCUGGUUUCCGGACCUCACGGUACCGGACUCCACCUGGAUCAUCCCCGUGUCUCUGGGUCUCAUCAACCUGCUCAUCACUGAGGUAUAUGCCCUGAGCAAGCUCGAACAGUCAAAGUUCCAGAAGUACGUGACCAACUUCAUCAGAGGACUCUCUCUAGUCAUGAUUCCUUUAGCCGCCACCGUCCCUUCAUCCAUGGCUCUGUAUUGGUUCAGUUCCAGCUGCAUUGGUCUAGGUCACAACCUCCUCCUGCGUUCUCCACGUUUCCGCGCUCUCUGCCGAAUCCCACCAUCGCACUCGGACUCUCACACUCCCUACAGGGACAUCGCUGCUGCCUUCGUGGCUAAAUACAUUAAAUAAACUAAACAAAACAUCACUGGUCAGAUUCGGCAGAAUGUCGUUCACCGUCUAUCUUCUCUUCUCCGGGACAACUUGGAGGACGUUGGUGAAAAGCAAACUGUAAACAUAAAGACUGAAGAAUUUCUGGAAUGCAUAGUUUUGGUGUGGAGGUAGAAAUAUUUAUAAAAGACUCCUAAACCAUCCUAUUAACUCUGUGUGGGGGUAAAAUCUCUUCUCUUCACUAUCCUCCUCUUUCUUUUGCUUUAGUUGUGAAAAUUAUCAGUGGAAAAGGAUUUUGAAAAGUUAUUUUUUUAGUUUAUCUUAGUUUUAAUUUUAAACUUUAUCUAAACUUUUUGUUUUGCAUUUUGGGAAUAAAUUUUCAUUUUUAAAUUCAUCAUAGAUGGAUGGAUAGAUAAGAUAAUAAUAAGUAAUAAAUGAGCUAAAAUGUUUUCAGAGGUUAGGAUCAUGUUAAAAUGUUUUUGUUAUCUGCUAUAUUAAAACAUGAGAGAAACAUUUUUCCUCCUGUAAAUCUUGGCUGGACAGAAUCCCACAUCCAUGAUCUUCUGUAACUUUUCACAAUUUUCACCCUUCCAGAUGUUGUUUUGAAGUUGAAUCCAAAAUUAUGAAUUAAUAGAGAGAUUGAAUCCUCUUCAGAAAUGCAUUAUACUUGUAAUUAAUUUGGAAUUGUUGAAUUGAAAUCAUAGAUACUUAAAUGUGAAAUUCAUUUUCAAAUUUGAAAUUUGUGCUACCUUCAAUUCCUCCUAGGAAGUUCAUGUGUACGAGUUCGGAGGUCGUGAUUACAAUGUGGUUUCAAGUCAUGUUAAUUAAUUAAUAUCAUAAUUAUGGGGUGAGUGCACUUAAACGCUAUGACAGGGGGUGUGUCUAUAACAGUAAUCAUUGCAGUCAACCGUAUAAAAGUGUGUAAUCACAACCUUCAAACUUGUAUGCACAAACAUCCAAGGAGGACUGGAAGGCAACAUGCCAUCAAGUGGGUUUUUUUCGGGACAGUGUUGUUUUUUUUGGGGGGGUUAUAAUGAAUUAUUUUUGUAUUAUCACUGACAAGAAGUUUAUUUUGCCUUACUUAAAGAAAAUGAACAUGCCAAAUGACCAAAAAUUAUCAUGUUAAUGAAAUUCGAAUGUUGGGUGAAAAAUGGGAGGAAAAGUUCCCGAGUUCAGGGUGCGCUCAUUUCAUAAAUAUGAUCUUUUCUAUUUUUAGGGAAAAUUAG